CUCUGGGUUCAGGCCUUUGCGCUGAAACUAUAAUACAGAAGGGCAUACCAACAUCACUGAUUGUUGCUGGAUUUUUUCUUGUGACACCGGGAACGUGAUAUGGCGCAGUCCAAUGUCCCCGGACGUGCGACAGGCAGAGGCUCUACCAAAAGAAGCCGCGAUGCCGAGAACGACUUGACUGCAAGCCUUCGGCGCAAUAUGAGGAACGUGCCAGGAGGACGGAACCCAACUAUGCGGGGACAACUUGACAUGGCAAGGCCAGGGAGCGCGACGACUUCUACCGAUCCUCCAAACAACAGCAGCGUUGUCGGCGUCAUGGCACAACGAGAGUGCCCCAGCCUGAACCUGCAGGCCUUGCAAUCCAUGACCGGAACCUUUGGGGCAACGGCCCUGGCGACGUUCAUGCAGCAUUCCGCCCAUCCGCCAAGUUCUGUACCGCGUACGGCAGGUGCGGCGCCCAGCGCUGCCCAGCCACAGCCACAGCCGGCGAGUGCAGCACGGGUCGCUAACUCCGACCUGAACCAACUCCUGCUGCAAAGUAUCAACCAAACCGCUGCCACACCGGCAACAGGCGCCCCAGCGCCCGUAUCCAACGCCAUGACAGCGCCGCGCCAGUCCAUGCAUGGGGCUUACGGCAGUCUGUCGGCUAACGCUCAAGCGAACGCAAACCCUGGACAAGCAAGCCAACCCAUUCCAGGGCUGCAACACCACAUGCAAGUGCCGUACGGUGGCAUGCUAGCGCCAUCGGUGCAGCAGUUGGCGAUGCAGCAGACGGGCACCGCUCAGCAGGC